AUGCGGGCCGCGGAGGCGCGCUGGCAGCAGCAGGUGUCGUCCGGGCGGGUGCGGAACGUGACGGCGAAGGAGGCUGGGGAGCUCAUCAAGGAGGGCUGGGUGUUGCUGGACGUGCGCCCGGUGGAGGAGACGAAGAAGGCCGCGGUCCGGGGCGCCGUGACGGUGCCGCUCUUCGUGCGCGACGAGGACCUGUCGCCCGGCGGCCUGCUGAAGCGGGCGUCGGCGUUCGGCAUGGGGGGAUGGUGGCUGGGCGGGGCGCACAUGAAGGCCAACGUGCGCUUCCUGCCGGACGUGCAGGCCGCGGUGCCCAAGGACGCGAACGUCGUCGUCGCCUGCCAGAAGGGCCUCCGGUCCCUCGCUGCGUGCGAGCAGCUGUCGCGCGCAGGGUACGGCACGCUGGCGUGGGUGAACGGCGGCUUCGACACGGCGGAGAAGGGCGACCUGGAGACCGAGGACAGCAAGGACCUGCGCUACGCCGGCAUCGGCGGGCUGUCGGCGCUGCUGGGGUGGACGGAGGUGCAGCAGGCGGACGCGCGGGCCAAGGGGAUGCGGGGCUCGCUGGACACGCUGUUCCGCGUCGGCGUGAUCGUGCUCGCGCUCGACGCGCUGGUCUUCGCCGUCGAGCAGUGGCGGUACAUGCAGAGCACGGGCGGGAUGCCCGGCCAGUGA